AUGGCGACCAAGAUAUACAUCGUGUACUACUCGACCUGGGGACACGUCGCGACGCUGGCGGAGGAGAUAAAGAAGGGCGCCGACUCCGUCCCCGGCGUGGAGGCCACCAUAUGGCGGGUGCCGGAGACGCUGCCGGAGGGCGUGCUGGCGAAGAUGCACGCGGCGCCGGUGCGCCAGGACCACCCCGUCAUCACGGCGGGCCAGCUGGCCGAGGCCGACGGCGUGCUGUUCGGCACCCCGACGCGGUUCGGCAUGAUGGCGGCGCAGAUGAAGGCCUUCUUCGACUCCACCGGCGGCCUCUGGAAGGAGCAGGCCCUCGCCGGCAAGCCCGCGGGCGUCUUCUUCGCGACGGCCACCCAGGGCGGCGGCCAGGAGUCGACCGCGCUCACGGCCGUCACGCAGCUGGCGCACCACGGCAUGCUGUUCGUGCCGGUCGGGGGCACGCACGGCGCCGGCAUGCUGAUCAUGGACGAGGUCAAGGGUGGCAGUGCGUACGGGGCCGGCACCUUCGCCGGCGCCGACGGUAGCAGGGUGCCCACUGGCGCCGAGCUCGCUUUGGCGGAGCACCAGGGGAGGUACUUCGCCGGCAUCGCUAAGAAGCUCAAGUCCGUCUGA